GAAAAGACAACUUCGUUACGGUUCGAGAAAGGGGCGGGGCCUGCAACGUCGUACUGAACGAGGGGACGCAACGGAGGCAGGCCGGAGCUGCUGCCGUCGCCAUGACCCGCGGUAACCAGCGCGAGCUCGCCCGCCAGAAGAAUAUGAAAAAGCAGAGCGACUCGGUUAAGGGAAAGCGCCGAGAUGACGGGCUUUCUGCUGCCGCCCGCAAGCAGAGUGCCCCAUCAUCUCUACCCCCAGGGACUCGGAGAUCAUGCAGCAGAAGCAGAAAAAGGCAAACGAGAAGAAGGAGGAACCCAAGUAGCUUUGUGGCUUCGUGUCCAACCCUCUUGCCCUUCGCCUGUGUGCCUGGAGCCAGUCCCACCACGCUCGCGUUUUCUCCUGUAGUGCUCACAGGUCCCAGCACCGAUGGCAUUCCCUUUGCCCUGAGUCUGCAGCGAGUCCCUUUUGUGCUUCCUUCCCCUCAGGUAGCCUCUCUGCCCCUGGGCCACUCCUGGGGGUGAGGGGGUUACCCCUUCCCAGUGUUUUUUAUUCCUGUGGGGUCACCCCAAAGUAUUAAAAGUAGCUUUGUAA